GAGAGGUUACAAGCAACCAAGGCUUCAAGGGAUCAAGGAUGUCCACCUGGAACUCCAUCUGUUCCCGAGAGGUCUCAGAUGACUACUCCACCUGGAGCUCCUCAUGAGAAGUUUGAUGCCCCAGAAAAUGCAGAGGCCAUUUGGGGUUCAAGACCUUCAUUGAGUCCACCAAUGUGUCCUCAAGCCAAAGGAGAGCGGGCUUGUCUCGAGAAAGGGCUAGGAAUGGUCAAGGAGAGGAUCAUCCAACAUCUUCUGCCAGUUGACGGAGAUGGCCUUGAAGUGAUGCAGAUGGACUCGCUUGAGAGAACGCAAGGCACGACUGAGACAAAAAGGCUGAACGGAGGUGGUGCUUCCAAGGUGGGAUUUGGGGAGAAGGACCCUUCUGCGCCACCGGCCCGCGCCUUCUCUGGAGGCCGGUCAGUCCCCCUGGUUGAAGCUCCGAAGGCCUCUUCUCAGAAGAACCAGCCAGAAGGAAACAGUCGUGAGAAGAAACCUCUAAAGCGCCAACCUGGACGAGACAGCCGGGCCUUCCCAGCACAGCGCCAGGCAUCUGCUUUUCCUUCCCCGUCAGUUAAUUUGCCCCCCGGAAAAGCCGCCCCUGCAGAAGAUCUCUCCGAGCCCACAGAUUCAAACAGCCAGUGGAGUGAGAUCAGCCAGUUCUAUGGAGGAUCCAGUUCCUUUGGCCACCUUAGCCUGACUCUGGUGGAACAAUCUUUGAGGGAGGAGGAGCUGCGAGCCCGUCACCAGAGUGCCCUCCUCCGGCUGCGUGAAAAGGCCCUCCAGGAGAAGGCCCAGGCUGAGCUGGCUUGGCUGGAACACGGGGAGCGCUGCCCAAAUGGCUUGCAGGGAACAGGAGGCCCAUCAUCCACAGCCAAGAAGCAGCUCUCCAUCCUAACCAAGUUGAAGCAAGAGCAGGCAGAAAUCAAGCAUCUGCAGAACAUCGGCCGGGCUGCCCAUCAGGAACGCAAACUCCUCCUCCAACAGCAAAAGGACCUCUUAGAGGUUCAGAAGACAACCACACAGCUCUGGCUACAGCUGGCUGGGAAGCUGCCCCACCAGGUUGCUGGGAAUCCCAACCCUCAAGGAGCUGCAAUGCUUGAGAAAGGAAAGGUGGAAACAUCUUUCGAACCCGGUCCUCUUAUUGCAACCCAUCCAGGGGGAUUUGAAGGCAGAAGCCGCCAUGCUGUGGACAAGAAGCAUCGGGCUGAGCCCAAGGAAACCUUGCCACGAGAGAAUCAGGUGGCAGAAGGAUUCUCAGAGUGGAAGCCAGGAAUGGGAGAUCCACCUAAGGUCUUGGAUCUAUAUGAUUCUUCUGGUGAAAGAUCCCAGAAUCCAGCCCUCAGUGAUGGAAGAACAGCAGGUCGCUUGGCCAGCCAAGAAGAAAAAGAACACAAUAAUGGAACUGGUUUGACCAAGAAUUCCCAAGAAGACCAUCCUGGUUAUCCGUUGGACAAAAGCCCAGAAGGUUUGGCUUCUACAGGAUCUUCCUCCAAACUUCAUGGUUUCUCUCCAUAUCCAGAGACGUCACCGUCUGGUCUUGAAUUUUAUAAGGCCAAUGCAAUUCUAGUCAAUCUUUCUGGAAGUUCUCUUUCCCCCUCAGAUUUAGAAGAGGAUGACCUGCAAGACACAGAUGUCAGCCUUCCUGAAGAAUUUGUCUUCCAGGAACAAUUGCCUGAUAACUUCAAUGACUCUAUGCAUCACGGAACUCCAGUAAUGCCAAGGAUAGUAAUAAAUAGAGCAAACACGUUAUCAUCCACUGAGAAGAAACCUCACGUGCAAAUUUCUGGUGGUGAUCUUGGGUCAGAGGACUUAUGUAUUCUGUAUAGCCAGGAAAAGGUUUGGGAAGAUGCACCUGAAACAGAACAGUUGGUUGAAUCUGGAUCUAUCAUAUUACUGAACAGUGGAAGGCUGCAAAGGUCCUGCUCUCCUUUGACAAAAAAGGAUCACAUUCAUACACCCACUUUCAGAAGCAGUGCAACUUCUUUGAACAUUUCUGAUGGGUUCCCUGGGGCAGAAAAUGAUGGUGGGAACAAGAUGACUUCUCAAAAUCCAGUUGACCCAGGGGUUUUCUCAUCCACCAAUGUUCCUUUGCAGAGUCCUGAGGAUCAAGGAGCACAGGACCCCGUGCCUUUUUUUAACGGAGCUGAAGAAGAUGGUGAGGAUGGAAACACAUCUCAUUUUGGUAGCAAGAAUGCAACUGUGACUCUGGCGCCAGAUGUUUCCCUGACCAUCAGCACACCCCAAGAUUCUGAGGUCCUAACGCACGGCCAAAAGCAUUCAUUUUGUCUUACAUUUCCAGAUUCUUCUGAUCACUUGCUAGUUUCAGAUGGGAAAACUGGUUAUGCCAACUGUUCAGCGGAUGAGUGUCUAUCCAACAGACCAAAUGAAAUCACUCUCCGACUCAACAAAACAUCCCUGGGCAGCAUGGACACAGCUAAGGAAAAUCAAAAUAGUUCUUCAACUGAGAACCAAAAUACAAAUAAAGCUGGGAUAGUAACAGUUGGUUUAAGUUCUUCCCAAAGGGGUCUCCUGAAAAAUGAAGGUGAUGCCAUGCAUUUAAGCAACACAUUUCUUCCUGAAUUGGAGGAUGAUAUACUGUCUCCGGUUGAUGAAGUGUUGACUUAUGGAAGCAGUGAUCUCCCAUCUUCUACUGAAAAGGAUGCCUCUUCUUGGAGCACAGAUCUUCCAGCUCCCCCUGAAAACCUAACUGGAAAAGACGAUGAGACCAACUCUAGCCUCCUUGGUUUCCCUUCUCCGCCUGAUCCACUGGUGUCUUCUGAGGCUGAAGAACUUUCUCCACCUUGCAACCUCAUAGCAGAAGGUUUAGUGUCCUCUCCUCAUGCCUGAGCAGAUUUCCUUCCAUUCUCAAGUUCUCUUUGGACCAAAGAAGUCCAUUUAGUGAGAACUUCACCAAAGACAUAUGAAGGGAGGGAGACACUCCACCUUCCACUGAUCAGAUGGAUGAGAGGGGCUUUCACAGGCAAAGAUCUCACCAUCUGAAGAAUGCUGAACUUGAUCCUUUGAUAUCAUUUGACUUUGGGAAGUGUAUAUAAUGGAAAUCAUGCAAAUUUGGAGGCCACAAUCUCCUUAAAAAAAUAUUUUGAGCACGUGGCGUGCUAGUUCAACCACAUUUAUAUAUGCUCAGGACUCUCCAUUUUUGUGAGCAGCCCUAAUGAAAUAUCAUUCCUUUUAGAAGCAACUAUAUACAGUUUAUGCCUUUCUGGAGACAAAGGACACAUCAAAUAAGAAAAUAUAUUUGGGCAGGGGGAGGAGACUCAUGAGGUGCAAGGCUUCAGGAGAAGGAGAAGAAGAAGGAUAGAGAAGGAUCAGAAAAGAAAAUCUGCAGCAGGCAUGAAUGGGAAGGUAAACGGUAGGUAGAGAAUGGGUUGUGAAAAGGUGUUUUAUGUCCAAAAAAUAUAUGUGCAAAACACAAAGAGGAAAAACGAAUAAGUCUCACUUGAUUAUAAUUUAAUUUGGGGCACUUUUUUUUG